AGACUAAGUGGCAAGAUACGUUCGUUAGAUUACUCCUUUCUGCCCGUGGACGCCGCCGAGUAAGCAUCGUUAAAGUCUCCCCUCCCACCGCCGUCAUGUCUAAGUCAGAGUCUCCCAAAGAGCUUGAACAGCUGCGGAAGCUCUUCAUCGGAGGUCUGAGCUUUGAAACAACAGAUGAGAGUCUGAGGAGCCAUUUUGAGCAAUGGGGAACACUUACGGACUGUGUGGUAAUGAGAGAUCCGAACACCAAGCGCUCCAGAGGCUUUGGGUUUGUCGCAUAUGCCACUGUGGAGGAGGUGGAUGCAGCCAUGAAUGCAAGGCCACACAAGGUGGAUGGAAGAGUUGUGGAACCAAAGAGGGCUGUCUCAAGAGAAGAUUCUCAAAGACCUGGUGCCCACUUAACUGUGAAAAAGAUUUUUGUUGGUGGCAUUAAAGAAGACACUGAAGAACAUCAUCUAAGAGAUUAUUUCGAACAGUAUGGGAAAAUCGAAGUGAUUGAGAUCAUGACUGACCGAGGCAGUGGCAAAAAGAGGGGUUUUGCUUUUGUAACAUUUGAUGACCAUGAUUCUGUAGACAAGAUUGUCAUUCAAAAAUACCAUACUGUGAAUGGCCACAACUGUGAAGUAAGGAAAGCACUCUCUAAGCAAGAGAUGGCUAGUGCUUCAUCCAGCCAAAGAGGUCGAAGUGGUUCUGGAAACUUUGGUGGUGGUCGUGGAGGUGGUUUUGGUGGGAAUGACAACUUUGGUCGCGGAGGAAACUUCAGUGGUCGAGGUGGCUUCGGUGGCAGUCGUGGUGGUGGUGGAUAUGGUGGCAGUGGGGAUGGCUAUAACGGAUUUGGUAAUGAUGGAAGCAACUUUGGAGGUGGCGGAAGCUAUAAUGAUUUUGGCAAUUACAACAAUCAAUCCUCAAAUUUUGGACCCAUGAAAGGAGGCAAUUUUGGAGGCAGAAGCUCUGGCCCUUAUGGUGGUGGAGGCCAAUACUUUGCCAAACCACGAAACCAAGGUGGCUAUGGUGGUUCCAGCAGCAGCAGCAGCAGCUAUGGCAGAGGCAGAAGGUUUUAAUUACUGCC